GCGAAAAUUGCGCAUGCUGAGAUGCCGGCAGUCACGUCAUACCAGCGGCAUCCCCGAACUUGAAUCUUAGUCAGCGACAGCAAAGCACGGCAUCAUGACCAAGCUCAAGGUUUGGCACCCAUUCAGACCAGCUCAGCAUCACCCGAGAACUCCGAAUCGGACGUCAUGUCUGGCUCGGAUGGGACUUGUCCCGGGCUGACUUCAGUCCAGUUGCGGAUCGGACCGAUUUCUGGACCGAUUCUUUGCACCGUAACCCGAUUUUAGUUUGAGUCCAUUCUGGCAUUUUUUUUUUGCGAGCGGCGCAGUCACCUGGCUGGCUUCUUCCUGCGCAGUUGCAAUUGCGUGCCGCACGGUGUCGCGAUCUGUGAACGAUGGAAUUCAAUCGAAUCCGCAGCGUCGAGGGCCACACCCUUUUGACCAUCCCCCGUCAUAUUAAGCAGCCGUCGCACUCCAAGCACACCAAUGUCUUAUCCUCCACAACAAAUGGCCCGCUUCACAGGUGAAGCCGGCGCAGCCCUCGUUUUCCUCAUCGCUUACCUGGCGAUCUUCGCGUGGAUGCUCUUUGCAUACCUCACCCACCGCAUCAAGUGGCGCUCUCGCUACUCGCUUGUCUUCUUCCACGUCACCGUCCGCCUCGCCUCGCAGGCAUGCGGGAUCGCAUUUGGCAUCCUCGGGUUCUCGAACACGAGUGUGUUUCUGGCAUUCCUCAUUCUCGGCGCAGAGGGGUACUUUUCGUUGGUGCUCUGCGCGUUCCGCUUCGUCGUGUCCUGGCACCAACACAAUCUCUCCAGUGGCGAAUCCUGGCUCGAGCCCCGCGAUCCGCCCAACACAAACAAAUGGCGCAAGGGCCUCAUCUUCACGCUCCUCGGACCGCUCGCGUUCGUCGUCUACGGCGACCACCCGAUGGUCUUCUUCCACUCCGCGCUCGUCGCCGCCAACGUCGCCAUCAUCGUCGGUGGCUCAUACCUCGCCGGCGUCGACUACACUGACCUGAACUCGGCCGACGCACGCCACAGGAUGCUCGUGUCGCGCAUCACGCGCACCACCGGCCAGAGUGUGUUCCUCGCAGCCAACACGCUGUUGCUCGCCGUGGUCCUGGUCACGAUGCGGAACAACCGCCGGGAGGGGGACGCUCGCCGCCGGCCUGGGACCGUCCAUCCAACGCUGGUGCUGCUUCUCCUUGCGUGGUUCCCGCUCAUCGUUCGUGGCAUAUUCGGAAUCCUGCAGGCUUGCGUGUGGAGCUUGUCGUAUUACAAUCCGAGCAACUAUGACGCCGGAGGUUUCACCCCCCGGUUCUCUGCAAUCGAAUACGUUCUGGGAGUGUUCACGGAAUGGCUAGCCUGCGUGCUGCUCAAUCUGACAUACUACACCUCCAAGAAUGAUCCUCGCAAGCCCAGCAUGAGCGACGAGAGGGAGCGGGAGUGGAUUGGCCUGAAGGCCGGAAAUGCGUAGAUCUUUGCCAGGUUUCAGUCUUUCUCAGUCAUAUAACCCCUUGCAUACGUUGGAGUGAUCGUCCACAAACGCUCCUUGUCUCCUGAGGAAUGACAAAAAGUGUGUGAAUGUGAAUACCAAAAUCACACUCUGAUGUGCAAUUCACACUCUGAUGGACAUCUUUCCCACUGCUGUGCCUUCCAAAUCCCAUUUGAUGCGCCGCAAUCUUUGUGAUGCGUCCGAUCAAUCAACGGCAAUCAAGUUGAUGACAGUCUAAGAUUGAGUCGGGACAGGGAUGUACACACUACUUACUUAUACUCUCUGCAAUAUAAGUAUGUGUGACCAACAAGAUCUCUCCUUUUCACUAUGCUCAGCUUCCCAGGGCUACAUGUUAAACUGAUUUCGGACAAUUAUAAGCGGGAGGUGGGUGAGGCAAAGUGUACCACCUCGUGUUGAUGCACUGCGCACUAUGUUGAUAAUCUGGAUUAAAUUAACGCGCGAUAUAGUCUGCUAUCCUUGAGGGUCGCUGGAUUAAAUUUUCGUUAAAAGACAUGAGCCUAGAAUGCACAUCGGCGGGUCUGUGUCCAAGAAGACAAAGCGCGUUUAGAAAUAAAUCAUCAUGUGGACUUGAAUGAUAUUUAAAUUAUGACUGGGUGUAUUGGUGUCCAA